GCCUCGGAGAGGCAUUUACUCAGGGUCCUGAUUAUCUGGAGGCAGAAGCCUGAGAGGGGCAGGCUAGCAGGACACCUCCCUCACUUGGCAAGAGCAGUGGAGACCUCGAGGGGACAUCUUCCAGCCUUUGAUUGUUAAAGGACUCCUGGCUGGAGCCUGUGCGUUGAAACCUGGUGCUCCCCUACGGUUGGCUGUUGGUAGGACAGUAGGGGUAGAGUUGGAGGCGAAGUGCUGCCCUCGCAGGAAGUAUAGGCCGCUGGCAGGUGAGAGCAGGCACAGCUGACCACCGUAUGUAUAGGUGGGGGGGACAUCUUUCGCUGUAGGAGAUCUCGGGGGCACCCAAGGGCAGUCCCAUUGCAGCUUGCGUUUACUUCGUCUGGAUUCCCCUGCCAUCACCUGCUGUCCGCAUAGGGUUACACGGGAAAACAGCAGGAGAGCUCCAGGCCCUUGUCAGGGAUCAGGUGCAGAGCGAGCUGCUGCAAAUUUAAUGAACUGGUGGCUAAUUGCUGCCUCUGGGGGCCCAGCUUCCUGCCCUGCUCCAGCUACUGCCUGGACUUGCUUCCUGCCUGGCAGCCAGCUUCCUGGAACUGCCUGUCAGGCACAUGGAGUUCUUGGUGAAGCCAGGCCUGGGCUGUGGGUAGAGGAAGGGGGUAAGCAUGCAUUCCACACCGUGGGAUGCAGUUAGAGCAGUGAGCAAGGCUCUGCAUUUGGGGCAUCAGGGUGGCCGCUUUCAGGAUCCCCUCCCUGUCUUGGGUCCUUGGUCCUUGGGGUGCGUGGGCUGGACCGUGGGACUCUCUGGUGUGCAGGAGAGAAAACAGGCCUGGAAAGGUGAAAAGGACAUAGCCACAGUCACUGGGCCAGUGUGUUAGUCAGAGCUGGAAUUGUGACCCAGGCCCACCUGGUCCCGAUUUCUGUGCUGAGAGAGACAGCCCUGUCCUGACCAAAACCCAAGUCACGUUGUCCGAGUCAGAGGAUUUCUUGAGGGGCCACCCUUGUGAAUGGUGCCCCUGCCCUGGCCUGAGCCCCUGGGAGAUGUUUGUCCCAAGCACCUUGUGAGGUAGAUAUUAGGACAGCUGGUGUCAGAUGGCAGGCCCUCCAAGCCUGGUGCGCAGAGGUGGGGGGGUACCCUCUCGGCCUCGCGGAGCCCUGAGAGUGAGCCAGCUUGGAGCUCCAGCCGCACCCUUGGUGUGGGGUCUGGGCCAGCUGCUCCACUGUCUGAGUCCGCGUCCUCCCUGGUGACGCUCCCCUGACAGCCUCGCUGGCCUCCGAGGACAGAGGGGAGUCUGCUAGGCGCCGUGAGAAGAGCCAGGUGCCGGGGUGGGGAGGACUUCUGAUUUCGCAGGCUGUGUCCCCAGCUGGCCUUCCGAACGGGCUCCGUCCCUCCCUCCCUGCUGAUUCUGCCCAUGUCUCUUGCUUUCAAGCUUGCGCUGUCUCCGGCCUCUUCAACUGCAUCACCAUCCACCCUCUGAACAUCGCAGCGGGCGUGUGGAUGAUGGUGACACUUUCCCCGCGCCGACGGCGAUGGUGGUGGUGAUGGCAGCAGUGCCGUCCUUGUGCUCGGAGCGCCCCAUGUCGGGGAACUCGCCGCAGGCUCACAGCGAGGCCAGGAUGCGGGGGUGGAGGGGAGGCCCGGAGGCUUCCCUCAAGGAGCGCUGCAUGAACGCCUUCAUCCUGCUGCUCUGCGAGGCGCCCUUCUGCUGCCAGUUCAUUGAGUUUGCGAACGCGGUGGCGGGGAAGGCGGACCGGCUGCGCUCCUGGCAGAAGGCUGCUUUCUACUGCGGGAUGGCCGUGGUCCCCAUCGUCAUCAGCCUGACGCUGACCACCCUGCUGGGCAACGCCAUCGCCUUCGCGACCGGAGCGCUGUACGGGCUCUCUGCGCUGGGCACAAAGGGCGAUGCGAUCUCCUAUGCCAGGAUCCAGCAGCAGAAGCAGCAGGCGGAUGAGGAGAAGCUCACGGACACACUGGAGGGGGAGCUGUGAUGUGGGUUGAGGGGGACCCUCCGGAGAUCCCUGCUCGCCCCUCUGGUCUGUGUGAGCACAUCCCUGAGCGGCACUGAUCCUGAGGACAGCCUGGAAGAGGAGCUGGUGCCUGAGGACAGCCUGGAAGAGGAGCUGGUCCCUCUCACCUGUCCCCGUGCCUGGAGUCCUCUGCCUGCCCCUCCCCGGAUUGGCAUCUUCUGGCCCCGAGCCGGGUGCUGAGGGCCUGGGGUGAGGGCUCUGGGGGCCGUGGCCAGCAGCAAGGGGAUGGGCAGUGGUGGCAGGCCGCAGGACGUGAGGCAGAGUGCAGCCUGCACAGCUCUGCACAGACAGCCUACCUGACCCUACUCUUCCCAGCCGGCCUGGCUUGGCCGGAAGCAGGCUUACACUGCUGGUGGGACCACUGGAGACCUGCCGACUCCCUGAGGGGAACUGCUGCUGGGGACACUGGCCCGUCUCGUGGUGGGAGGCACGUCAGCCCCAGGCCUGGGCAUCAGCCAGGAGAUCUGAUGAGAUCUCCUCUCAGAUCUCCGGUAGGAGAGUGUCCUGUAAGCUGAGCUGCUUGGGCCACCUCUGUCCUCCUGUCAUGGAGGGGGCAGUGUCCUGCCCCCUCGGCCUCCUGCCACAUCCCAGGGUCCCUGCCAUUCUGUUCUCUGUGGUGGGGGUUGCUCCCCGAGUGCCCAAGAGCAGCCUUGGCAACGACAGGACAGCUGGCUGAGCCUGCCCUCUCCCUGUUUCCGGAAGCCUCAGACCAGCACAGAGCCAGGACACUCCCCAUGGGCCUGGCUGGCCCCCAGGUUCUUUGAACGCUCCCCCCCCCCGCCCCCGCCCUGGUGCUAAGGAAGUGGCAGGGGGCAGGCUCUCCCAGCCGCGGCGGUGGUGGUGGUGGGGGGACUGCCUGGCCACUUCUCUGGUAUGGGCCCCGCCUCAUCCCUGCCCUGCCCUUGGGGAGCUUCCUGCCUUCUGAGAGCUGGGUCAGGCUAGAGCUGCCCUCCAACCCCACCCACCAGCUGUCCCCACCCUGUCAGGCCACCAGGGCAGUUGUAGAAGCAGCCCUGCCUGGGACACGUGCUGCUGUCUCCCCAGCCUCCCUCCUUGCACCGUCCCCUCCAUCCGCCUCAGCCCACUGACCGCUCUGCUGGACUGGGCUUCAGCCCUGGGCACGUCUGAUGGGCUGGCCAGCCUGGGAGCACAGGUGGAAGUGGGCGGGUAUGGACAUGCCCGCCUGGGGCUCAGCUCCUGCUGCUCCUCCAAGCCCCCGGGCUGGGCCUGCUCUGAGCGCCCAGAGCUCAGGGCCGCUCUCGCUCAGUGGAGCCAGCCCCAGGCCUGCACCCCAGCCUCUGCUUCCCCUCUGGGGUUUGUUAGUGUUGGAGGCGGGGAGGGGAGGUCCUGCCUGUCCUGGGGACACGUCACUGGGCUUCUGGCCCACAGCGUCCCCCCAGCAGCUCCCCAGGGAGCCUGACCAGGCUGAGCCCCAGGGUGGCCGGUCGGUGCUUCAGUGCGGCCAGCGUUUCAGUGCGGCCAGCGUGUGGGACACGUGCCUUCAGGGGUCCUCUGGGGCCACUUUCCUCAGGCCAUUGCUGGGCUCAAAGGGCUAUGGGCUGGAGGCCUCUCAAAACCUGCAGGGGGGCGGGGUGUGUGUGUUUGUGUGUGUGUGUCUUCUCCUGCGUGUGCAGUGAGUAAGACCUGUCUACCUCCUGCCCCUCUUGGCUCACUCUUACCCAGGAAGUAAGACUUGGGGGUCUCUCCUGCUCCUGCCCCCGGGGCCUUGCGGACGGGGUCUCCUUUCUGCGGGAGAAGGGCUGGCUGUGUGUCGGGGAAGGUUGCCCCUCUGCCCUGGGAGGGAGUUGGGUGGGCGUUGGGCGGGCCCUCAGCCCCUUGGUCACAGGCCAGAGCAGGUAGGUACUUGACGAGGUUCGCAGUGUGUGCAGCCAAGCAGUCCUGGCACCAGUGGUCCAGUCUCCCAGCAUGAGGGCCCACCUCGCAAGGUGGUGGAGGGGCGGGGCCGCCAGGGCCCACUGCCGCCUCUGCUCUGGGCUGUCUUCUGCGGGUCCUUGUUCCCUCUCAGUGCUCAGCCUGCCUUCUGCUCAGUAAAGCCUGCUUGUUGUGUGCUCGCUUGCGCUCUGCCCGUUUCCUCCUCCCUGCGCCGUGAGUAUGUGGUAUGGAUGCCCCAGCCCCACCCCGGCUGAGUGGGGGCCACUGGCCCUGGGAGGAACUGCCAUUUUAUCAAGUACCUGCUCUGCUGCUGGCCCUGCGCCCGCCUGCCCACAGCAUCUCAGCCCGAGCUCACAGGCAGAGCGUCAUGGGCAGGGCCAACCCCAGGGCUCUCCCUACGGCUGCCUCGCCCCUUCCUUGUCUCUGCCUUGCUGGGACAGGUUGGGGUGGCCAUGGAAGGGGCCCUACCUGGUGCCAUGGGCCCUGGUGAACCUGGGCGGAGAAUGUGGGUCCAGCCUGGCUGCUGGGGGUGCUCCCCCACCUGGAGUAAACUCCACUUCUUCCUCUUC